CCAACAUUGUGAAAAAGGGAAAACGCGUCGCGUAGUCUAUAUAUACGCUGGCAUCGCCCUAGUUUUUGUUACUACGACCGCUCUCGCUUGUUGUAACAAUUGAUUAAGAAAACUAGGGCGAAGGUAACAAUUUUCAGAAACUAGGGUUUUGAUAUUUGUAAGCGAUUCUCUGAAUUUGAUUAAGAAAACUCUGUCAAAGACAUGGAGUGUAACAAGGAGGAAGCUAGAAGAGCGAUUGAUAUCGCCGAGAAGAAAAUCUCAGCGAAUGAUUACGAUGGAGCAAAGAAAUUCGUAAACAAGGCGGAGCGUCUGUAUCCGCAACUUGAAGGUUUGAAACAAGUGUUGAUGACGAUCGAUGUUUAUAUCUCUGCGUCAGACAAAAUCAACGGAGAAUCUGAUUGGUAUGGAGUUCUCGGUGUAGAUCCUUUGGCUGACGAUGAAGCUGUCAAGAAACGUUACAAGAAGUUGGCUCUUUUGCUUCAUCCGGACAAGAACAGGUUUAACGGUGCUGAAGGCGCAUUUAAACUGGUUUUACAAGCUUGUGAUUUGUUAUCUGAUAAGAUUAAGAGAAGCGCGUAUGACCAAAAAAGGAAAUCGAAACAAGUUGAACAGAAAACACCGAAGAAAAGCUCCACUACUUUUGAAGCAGAGAGGCCUUUCAAGAAGCGGACGACAAGUGGAGAUGCAAACUCUACUUUUGAAGCAGAGAGGCUUUUCAAGAAGCCGAUGAAAACAGAGAAUGAAAACUCUACUUUUGAAGCAGAGAGGCUUUUCAGGAAUCCCAUGGCAACAGGAGACCUCAACUCUACUUAUGACUUAGAGUGGCUUUUUAAUCGAGGAAACACAAACUCUACUUUUGAGGCAGAGUGGCUUUUCAAAGGUGGAAACGCAAACUCUACUUUUGAAGCAGAGUGGCUUUUCAAAAAGCCGAUGAAAACAGAGAAUGAAAACUCUACUUUUGAAGCAGAGAUGCUUUUCAGGAAUCCGAUGGCAACAGGAGACCUCAACUCUACUUAUGACGCAGAGUGGCUUUUCAGACAGAUGUGAGAUAAGAACUAAGACGACAGUCACAUUUAGAAGUUGUAGAAUCGUGUUUGUUAUAGGGAACCUAUUUCUGUAAUCUAGAUUAGUCAGAUGAAGGUAACUAAUCAAAGUAUCUCUAGUAAUCAUGUAACUAGUAUUUGUUCAUUUUCUUCGUCUUAAUUCUUAAUUCAGCUUUUUUCUCUUAAUUUGUAGAUGAUCUGUA